GAAGCGAGGAGAGGGAGAAGGCUCUCUGGCGGUGAGAGGUCCUGCCCAGCUGUUGGCGAGGAGUUUCCUGUUUCCCCCCGCAGUGCCGGGUGAAGUUGAGUGAGUCACUCGCGCGCCCGGACCGACGACAACCCCGCGCGCGCACACGGCCGGGGCCGGAGCCGGCCUCCUGCGCAGCUCCCCUCGGCCGCCGGGGGCCUCCCCGCGCCUAGCCGGCCUCCAGGCCCCCCUCUCGCGGCGGAGCGGGCACCACAUCUGGCCCACACAUCUGCCCGGUCGGCAGAGCGCGGGGUCCCGAGAGGACGCGGCGCGGAGGCGCAGCCAGGGGUCCGGGAAGGCGCCGGCCGCUGCGCACCGGGCUCGGUCUAUGACGAGCAGCGGGGUCUGCCAUGGGUCGGGGGCUGCUCAGGGGCCUGUGGCCGCUGCACAUCUUCCUGUGGACGCGCAUCGCCAGCACGAUCCCACCGCACGUUCAGAAGUCGGUUAAUAAUAACAUGAUGGUCACUGACAACAAUGGUGCAGUCAAGUUUCCACAAUUGUGUAAAUUUUGUGAUGUGAGGUCUUCCACCUGUGACAACCAGAAAUCCUGCAUGAGCAACUGCAGCAUCACGUCCAUCUGUGAGAACCCACACGAAGUCUGUGUGGCUGUCUGGAGAAAGAAUGAUGAGAACAUCACGCUGGAGACCGUUUGCCACGACCCCAAGCUCGUCUACCAUGGAUUUGUCCUUGAAGAUGCUGCUUCGCCAAAGUGUAUCAUGAAGGAAAAGAAAGUGAAUGGCGAGACUUUCUUUAUGUGUUCCUGCAGCACGGAUGAGUGCAAUGACAUCAUCAUCUUCUCAGAAGAAUAUUCCCCCAACAACCCUGACUUGCUGUUAGUCAUAUUCCAAGUGACGGGCAUCAGCCUGCUGCCACCACUGGGCAUUGCCAUAGCCGUCAUCAUCACCUUCUACUGCUACCGUGUUCACCGGAAGCAGAAGCUGACUCCGUCCUGGGAGACCAGCAAGCCCCGGAAGCUCAUGGAGUUCAGCGAGCAGCUUGCCAUCAUUCUAGAAGAUGACCGCUCGGACAUCAGCUCUACGUGUGCCAACAACAUCAACCACAACACGGAGCUGCUGCCCAUCGAGCUGGACACCCUGGUGGGGAAAGGUCGCUUCGCUGAGGUCUACAAGGCCAAGCUGAAACAGAACACAUCAGAACAGUUUGAGACCGUGGCGGUUAAGAUCUUCCCUUAUGAGGAGUAUGCCUCCUGGAAGAUGGAGAAGGACAUUUUCUCGGACAUCAACCUGAAACACGAGAACAUCCUCCAGUUCCUGACGGCCGAGGAGCGGAAGACGGAGUUGGGGAAGCAGUAUUGGCUGAUCACCGCUUUCCAUGCCAAGGGAAACCUACAGGAAUACCUCACGCGGCAUGUCAUCAGCUGGGAGGACCUCCGCAAGCUGGGCAGCUCCCUCGCCCGGGGCAUUGCCCACCUGCACAGUGACCACACCCUGUGCGGGAGGCCCAAGAUGCCCAUCGUGCACAGGGACCUCAAGAGCUCCAAUAUCCUUGUGAAGAAUGACUUGACCUGCUGCCUGUGUGACUUUGGGCUUUCCCUGCGCCUGGACCCGACUCUGUCUGUGGAUGACUUGGCCAACAGCGGGCAGGUGGGAACUGCAAGAUACAUGGCCCCAGAAGUGCUCGAGUCCAGGAUGAAUUUGGAGAAUGUUGAGUCCUUCAAGCAGACAGAUGUCUACUCCAUGGCUCUGGUGCUCUGGGAAAUGACGUCACGCUGCAAUGCAGUAGGAGAAGUGAAAGAUUAUGAGCCGCCAUUUGGUUCCAAGGUGCGGGAGCACCCCUGUGUCGAAAGCAUGAAGGACAAUGUGUUGAGAGAUCGGGGACGACCUGAAAUUCCCAGCUCCUGGCUCAACCACCAGGGCAUCCAGAUGGUGUGUGAGACUCUGACCGAAUGCUGGGACCAUGACCCUGAAGCCCGGCUCACGGCCCAGUGUGUGGCAGAGCGCUUCAGUGAGCUGGAGCACCUGGAUAGACUCUCGGGGAGGAGCUGCUCGGAGGAGAAGAUUCCCGAAGACGGCUCGCUAAGCACUACCAAAUAGCUCUUCCGGGGUAGGCUGGGCCCAGUCCAAAGAGGCCGCCCCUGUUGCCAAAGAACAGAGGCAGCAGGAAGCUGCCCCUAAACUGAUGCUUCCUGGAAAAACAGGGGUCACGCCCCUCCCUGUAAACUGUGGGAUUUCAGCAGAGACAACAGUGGCAGGGAGUGGGUGACAUGAAGCAUUCUAUGCCUUUGACGUUGUCAUAGGAUAAGCUGUGUUAGCAGUUCCUCAGGAAAUGAGAUUGAUUUUUUACAAUAGCCAAUAACAUUUGCACUUUAUUAAUGCUUGUAUAUAAAUAUGGAAUAGCUAUGUUUUAUAUAUAUCUAUAUAUGUCUAUAUCUAUAUAUAUAUAUAUAUAUAUAUAUAUAUAUAUAUAUAUAUAUACAGCCAUACUCUGGAAAGAGACAAGGAAAAAGAUCCAAUACUCCCAGGAAAGAGCUUUGAUUGGAGAGCUUCAGGGCCAAGCGCAGAAGAAGGGGUCCAUGACAACAUUAGCACUUGACAAUCACACAUGGGAUGGUUCUCUGACUGCACAAGGUGGGGCUUUGCCUUAGGAGAGGCUCCGUGUCUCAGAGCCUACCACGGCCACGUUCCACUCGCUUUUGGAAGAUAAUUCCCUGUGUGUGGGUCUUCGUCUAGCCUUGGAGCUACGUAUAGUCACACUGUUUAGGGACCAGAUCCUGGGGUGCCUGUGGGCCGUUGUUUCUCCUGGACUGUUCAUUUGAGCUUCAAACCCACAUCUGGUUUGUGAACCAGCUUCUCAACUAGCUCAGAAACGUUGCCCCAUCUCUCAUAGUUUAAAUGUCUUGAGCCCCAUUUUUACCUUUACAGGCUGCAGAAAAAUCAGAAGGACAAAUGUCCUCAUCCAUGAAAUUGCCACACCUUCUACUAAUAAGAUACUCAUAUAUAUUAAUUCCUCCCCAUACCUGUGUUACUAUUGUCCACUCCCAGCCCUUCUCCCUUUCUGGAAAGGGAACAAAUCUCUCCUCUGGAGUUCAUCGUGUUUAAUUUUUCACCACGCUUGGUUUGAGUCUCUAGCUUUCUAGGCAGCACCAGUGGGUUCCAUCUUCUGGAUGUGGACUUAUAUUUUGGACCUAGUGGAAAGAAUUUGAGCUGCACUAUACGGCCAAUUAGGAGUUUCUCAGGCACUCUAAACAUGUGUUUUGCUUAGCUAGUGCAACGCUUGAUAAAAUUGAGCCACUUUUUAAAUAUUUGGAGACUUUACCAAAAAAAAAAUCUGGACCCUCAAGUGAGAAUAGAUAGCAGAUGGUUUCCACUCUCCCGUCCACGUCGUUCACAAGAUGAAAGUGUGGGCACACUUAUCAAACUGCUUCACUUCUUGAUAUGAACAUUUAUAUUUUCUGCCCGUCCCCAGCCCAGUCUGGGAAUUAAACCCACUGUAAUCAAAGUCCUUGGUAAGAAAUGUGCACUCAAGCAGUCAUCCCCAGGCUGUAUAAUAUUUUGAUUCACUCCCUCUACAGGUCCUGGUGUUAAGAUUUAAGGUUGGCCUUUUUUUUUUUUUUUUUUUUUUACUAAAGGGGGCCUCCUCUAAGAGGUCCCAGUUAACCCAGUUCUCUUUGGUCUGUAUAGUAAGAGCUUUCCCCCUCUGUAUUAGGGAGGGGAGCCCUUUCCUCCAAGAAGCUUUCGUCGUGGCUACCAGUUUCUCCACCAUACCAGCCUUCCCAACCCUCGCAGAAUUUGCUAGUGAGGAUUUGAAUGUGAGACAUAGGGAUCCCAUUCGCAGUUAGGAACUCUGUGUCCCCAUGGACAAGAAGAGAGACUGAGCUUUAAUACUCCAUAGGAAACUUGUUAAUUCACAGACAAGUGUUAAUGCUGCAAAUAAUGUCUUUGUACAAAAUGUUUUUGAAGCUACUUAAUUUCAACCAAAUAGCAGAUGAGAGAGGGAAUAGCAGUGAGCAGAUCAGCUCUGUUUGGAUUUUGGAAGGCCUCAGUUCCUCGGAGUUUUAGCAGAUGUGCUGAAGUUUGGGAUUAGGUGGAACUUGUAGGCGUCCUACUCAGUGGGGGUGGGCUGAGAGAGCUAAGGACGGUUUGGCUGCAAAACCAUGGAUGUGCCCAGAAAUUCCGUGCACUUGAUGCCGUCGCAAGAGCUGUUGCCCAUUGACCUCUAGUGGUGAAUUUCUAGAAUACUGGUCCAUUACUGGGACCUUCCAAGAUUCGAAAGAGUUUUGUCACUUCUGGGUCAUCAGCAGCAUAAACUGGAAUGUAGUAUCAGAUGAUACUGUGGCCUGUUUUGUUUAUGUUUUGUUUUUUUUUCUUAUUCAAGAAAAAGACCAAGGAAUAGCAUUCUGUAGUUCCUAAAAAUACUGACUUUUUCUUUUUACUUCUAUACAUAAAAGGAAAGUUUUAUUCUUUUAUGGAACACUUCAGCCAUACUCAUGUAUUAAAAUAGGAAUGUGAAGUCGAUAUACUCUUUUAUAUCAAAUGUCUUAAGCACUUAUUUUCAUACUGUGCAUCAUUCGCCUUUUAUAUAAAUAAAAUGUUUAUGAGAUUGAAUAAAGCAAAACUACUCA